CCUAUAUAGUAUCUCACCUUCGUGGUGUAUGAUAUAUCAUAUAUUUUAAAAUAAAAAAAAACAAAAAGUGAAUAGAAGAAAUCGUCGAAAGAAUACUCUGAUUAACAUAGACAUAACCUAUACCAGUCUUUUGACAUAUGGAUUCAGAUCCCACCAACUAUAUAUGUUAAAAAUUCCUAGCUGAGUCAGUAAUUCACAUAAAGAGAUUUGAAAGUGAAGUUAAAAAAAGGUUUGCGAGCUACUUUUUGAUAGUUUUAAAUGUGUAUGCUGCUUAAUAACAUCUGAAAAACGCUUUCAAGUAAAAAAUUGUGUAAAAUGACAAGCUUAAGAACGUGCAAGAAUCCAUCAGUGACGAAAAUGAUUUGUAUGAGUUUGGUAUUAUGUAUCGUACUAUACUUGAUACGAUAUCAUGUAAUAUUUCCAAAAGGUACUCGUAUACAUGAAAUGUUAUCAAAAACGAAAUAUUCAGUUUUACAAGUAUUGUUUCCUAAAGCUACACGUGUACAUGAACCGUUUACGAAAGCGACAUCUUCUGCUUUACUUAGAGAACAAGGUUCACAACGAAAUGGUAUUCCAGAUGUAUUAACAUUUGGUGACAAUCACUGGCAACAUGAGAAUAUUUGUAAGCCAUACACGAUGUUCCUAAAUCAUAGUGAUUUCCUUUUACUAAGAUAUUCAACAAACGCUGGGAAUGUGAAAAUAUUUACACAUUCUUUAAAAGACGGAAUGUCGUUAAUAAUAAGUAAAUCGGGUGCUUUUGAACUUACAACUAUAAACAGAGUAUUGUAUCAGCUAAAAAAAGAUCCAAAUAUGAACCUAAUUGAUAUUGGAACCAAUAUUGGACAACAUGCAAUAGCUGCUGCGAUAAUUGGGAGGGAUUCGAUCGCCAUUGACAAUGCAGUAUCGAAUAUAGAACACGCAUGUGCGUCUGCUGAAUAUCUAAAUAUUGGAUCGCGAAUAACAUUGAUUCAUAACAUUUUGUCCGACUCGGGUGGGAAACGGAUGUUUAGAUACAGUUCCACCCAUACUGAUUUCGGUGUAAACCAUGUUGAUUCUGAUGGAAUAUGGGACAAGAUGAAAAAGAAAUUCUUCGAGUUUAAUUUCGGAAAAACUGUGCAAGAAAAUUCCACCACGUUAGAUAAUAUUUUGUUCCUUCCACAAAUACAAAAGUUUAAAAAAGUAUUUGUGAAAAUGGACGUAGAGGGUCACGAACAUAGAGUACUUCUCGGCGCUAAACAAUUUUUUAAACGACUAGACGUGCAUGGUAUAAUUAUGGAGUGGACGUGGCAUGUAAAGCGACCGUCAUCGGAAAUUAUAAAAACUCUAAUGUCUGAAUGGAAUUUCCAACCAUAUCAAUUUUUUGAAACUACAGAAAGCGAUCUAAGUUUAAAAAAUUCUGACCUGUGGCCACAAGAUGUUCUGUGGCUUCCAAAAAGAGUACAUUAAAUAUUGUAUUAGCUCUUAGAAAUAAAUAUAUUCUAUCAGUGAUCAUUAAUUUCAAUUUGUCAAUAAUGUUAACUUAUGAAACCGUUAAAAAAAAGGGAAAACCAU